AUGACGCAUCAAGUGUUUCAAGGGAUCAGGGGAGACAUUGAAAAUAAUAAUGAACAACAGGCGAAUGUUGCAUCAGGCCCAGUGUCAUUUUGGGACGAACAAAAUUUCGGAGAAAGUGUAAUUACAGAUCUGGUUGACGGGGACGACGAUGAAGAUUUUGAUGAUUAUAGACUAAGGAGAACUCCAGUGGAAAAUAUUAAAUUGUAUAAAGAAUUGUUAGAAGACAAAGGAAAUAAAUCCAAUGAGACAACAAGUGCGUUAAAAAGAAAAUCUAGAGCAGAUAAGAUUGAUUUGGAUGAAGUACUCCAAUGUCUAUAUUGCUACGGCUCAAACUCAGGUGUGAAUAUAACUUAUGAUGACGAAAACUGUUACAGUGGUUUUAAUGUGCCUAUCGUUGACUGCGGUACCGCUUUCACUCGCAAUCAUAGCGAAUGCUACACAGAACUUCACCCGAAGUAUAUAAAGCGUGGGUGUUAUGAUCCUCAUCAGCUCAAUGUAACAUUUUAUUGCAAAUGCACAUUAUGUAACGACAAACCAGCCGAUAAACGCGAGUACUUCGUGUAUGAAAACAUAAAUGAUUGGUCUUUCGACAACAGAAGAUUGCAGCAACCAGGCUUGCCAGGUGUUGUUUCAGCGUGUAAAUAUUGCAAUACGACUGGUGCAACUUACUUUCAAACUUGCAUGGACGGUACUAGUGUAGAGUAUACAGUUUGCGACGAUGAACAAAUAUGUUUCACUCAACUGGAUAAGGUUAAAGGGUCAGUAGCUCGAGGAUGUGCUGAUAAAGGAGUUUACAAUUCUUUCUACACAUUUUGCAACAAGAGUGAUUGUAACGACAAAAACUAUUGGGACACGGAUGUACCUUUUGAAUAUGUGAAACGAAUGAACAGGACGCGGCGUCUAGUUUCAGUUCCUGCAAUAAGGUCAAAUACAGGACGAUCAACGACUCCUAUACUGCUACUUGUUUUGAUAAUAAACCUUUAUAACAUGUGA